AUGUCAAAAGAUGAUUUGACAUUUUUUGUGUAUGAUUCAGUAAAAGAACAUGUUAAUUUCACAACAAAUAAUAAAGAAUUAUUAUCAUUUGGCGGAAUGAUUACAAAAGAUUCAGUUGCUUACGAUUCAUUCCCUCAUUCUUCAGAGUGCUUCCAAAUACAACAAAAAGGUAUUCCUUUCUUUGUUUCUUAUUAUAAUGAUCAAACAGUUAAAGCUGGAUUCGACCACAAAGAUAUAUCUAAUUCUACAGUUGUUGUUAAUAAUAUUUCAGAUGUUUUACCAAAAUUCCCAACAAAUUUUGUUGGUCAAACCGUUUUUGUUGAUGGCUACGGUCCAGGAAUUAUCAUUGAGUCAUCAAACAACAAAUCAAAGAUUUAUAUAAAUGAUUGCGGCAAAGAAAUCUUGUUGGAAUUAAGAAAUGAUGAAUUUAAGAUUCUUGAUCAAAAUUUCUUUAAAUCUAUUUUGCAUGGAAUUGUAAUGAAAUGUCCUUCAUCAAUCUUUACCAAAAACAUUAAAGAACAUUACGAAGUUGAAAUGCAAACAAAAAUCAUUUUAGAAAUAGCUAAAAUACAAAAAGUCAAAUUCGAAAUCGAUUGGCCCAGAAUGUUAGAAUUAGUUGACAAAAAUACUUCAUAUGAAGUGAUUGCUUUCUUCAAAAGAAAUGAAAGAAGGAUAUUCAAAGAAUUUUACCACAAUCCAGAUAAAAUAAGUAUAAAAAUGGUUGAAAAUUGUGCAAAAUACCUUGCUUUGGACACAGAAUUAUUAUCAUUUUCUUUGAAAAACUCUUCAUCAUUAAUUCAAAGCCAUUAUAUAUACAUAUCAUUGCGUGAUAACUUUAAUUUCUUAAACAAGAACAAUUACAGAAAAUUUGAUCGUCAGAUUUCGUAUUUGCUGGAUCAUCUAGAAGCAACAUCCAUGAAGUGUCUAAAUGAAUAUUUUAUGUUUAUUAUUAAAAACAACUUCGAUGCCAACAGUUCGUUCCAUUUAUAUGAAUUGAUUCUGAUGACUUAUAUGGAAACAGGAAAAUUUUCUCCAGCAAUACCUAUUUAUUUAGACUGUUAUAAUCCAUUGGGAAAAUACUUACUUAUUUCUGAUAAAAAUUUAGAUCAAUUAGAUUCUGAGUCAUAUUUUGAAAACAAAGUUAAAAGACUCUUUUCUAAUUGUUUUAAAGACUUAAGAAAGAGAAUUGUUAAAAAUAUUCCGGAAAGAAAAUAUCGAAUUGCCUUUGAAUUCAAUAGAUUUGAAUCUUAUCCAAUCAAUCCAAAUGCUGAUAGAUUAUACAUGUUCGAGAGAUUUAUCGAAUAUGUUGAUCCAAUACAGCUUAGAAAAAUGAAAGUAAAAUUUAUAGGAGAAGGUGGUAUUGAUGCAGGAGGCCUCAGAAGAGAAGCAAUGACAAUGAUAGGAGAAGAAAUCAAAAAUGAGCUUUUUACUAUAGAUUCAAACGGUUAUUAUAAAUUGUCAACAACAGAUGGACUGUUCCAAACAUUUAUUGGUGUUUACAUUGCUUUUUGCCUAAAUAUCAAGGCCCCGUUUUCGAUAAAUUUACCAGAUGAUGUCAAAAAUUACAUCAUUUCAGAUAUGAAAGGACAUGAAGAAUACGAAAGCGUUAGAGUUGAUUUCCAAACAGCAAUACCAUUGAACAAUCUUUCGAAUGUUAGGAGCUUGGCUAUAAGAAGAUUAGUAGUUUUUGGAAAUUCGAAACAAAUAAUCAAUCCAGCAGACAUUAUUAAUCUUUUGGAUGGUUCUUCAAAGAGAAUUCGCGUUUUCUCAGAAGCAAUUAGAUUAUUGAAUCCUGAAGAGUUACCUAAUUUGUUAGCAUUCAUUACAGGAUCACCUACAUUGGAUUAUAACACUACAAAAAUAUCUAUUGCUUCGAUAUCGGGAGGUGAUGAUGAGAAUGAAAGAACUUGGCCACUACCAAUUGCUCAUACUUGCUUCAAGAAGAUUGAUCUCCCUCCUUACUCUGAUCCAAAUAUUCUUGUUGAAAAACUCAGAGCAGCAAUGAGUUAUUCCAAGAUUAUCUCAGAUGACAUAGACCUUGUUGAUUUUUCACUAUUUCAUUGA